AUGAUCCUUCUCCAGGGACUGGCCCCAGAGGGCACGAACAGACACCGCGCCUCGCGCGGCGCGAAGCGAGCUGGGAGGCCCAGGCAUCCGGACGUGGGCCUCGUGGAGACCGGGGAGAGCGCGGUGACGAAGGUGCGUCCGUGCGAGGUGAUCAAGAAGGAGUUCCUGGAAAAGAUCGACGACUGCAUCGCCACGACCCGGCAGAAGAGCUUCCCCGCCACGCUGGUUAUGCAGAGCGCCAGUGUGAGAAUCCGAACCGACGGUGGACUUCGGGAUGGCGAAUGCGCAUCUGCUGCUUGGAUCCUCUAA